CGAUUGCAGCCUUGUUUGGAUUUGCGUUUACAUUGUGUGCGUAUCGUUUGUGUUUACUGUUCGUUAGGUAUAUUGACAAGAAGUGGGCAAUUUAAGAAAUUCGAAGGAAACUAAUGGUAGACCAAGGCAGCAUUAAACGCAUGAAGGACCAAAUUGGCCGAGAGUCUAAAUUUCCGAAAAUUGAAAUGGAAGAAAUAGCUUAGAGAAUUAUGCGGAGUUCUUUCAGGAAGGGAGUUUUACAUAUGAAUCGAAAAUUAAAAUGGAACCGGACGAUAAAUCUAAGUUUCAAAUUACCGAUGAGACAAAUACAAAGGCAAAUCAAAGCCUAGUCAAAAAGGAAAUGGUUGAACCAGAACCAAUCCAGGUUUUUGUAAAAGGUAUAUACCUUACGAAAGAGAGGACUAAGUGGAUGGAGGUUCACCACGAUGUCAAGUACCCGAGGACGGUAAAAAUGAUGAAGGUAGCAGGAUAUACGGCGUACCGUGAAAAGUACCAAGAAGUACAUUUUGAUUUGAAAAGAUGGGACGAAUUAUACGCCCAGAAACAAAUAAUAGAGAAUUAUCUAAACACAGAUCAGUCUUUCUUGCCUGUUAAAAAAGUUAAACUGUCUGGAAACCUCAAGAUAGUUUUUAAAGACGAGACAAUUGGGAAAUUCGUCACUUUUUCCCAAAGCAGGAACAGUGUGAGCAUGAAGGGACCCACAUUUUCAUAUAUGAUGAAAUACAAUGAAUGGGUCCAAGAAUGUCUGGGUGAUUAAGGGUUUGUAAUGUUCGAUGGCUUUAUAAUUUGAAAUAUGUAAAUAUGGUGUUGACAUUUUGGAAAAUGGUUUUAAAAUAUGUAAGGAUGCGCCUGUCUGGUCCAUUUGAGCUUUUAGCUAGUUUAAAUAGUGCAUUUUUAUCUAUUUUUAAAAUAAAAUGUAAUUGAGAACAGAGCUUUAGACCCCGCGCUAAAACAGAAUUAAUACAAUUGCAUUAUUUGGGCUAAAUAAAAACUCAAAUGGACCAGACAGAUGAGCCCUUAUAUAUUUUAAAUUAUUUCUCUCAAUUUCAGCACAAAAUUAAUUUGUCUAAUUAUAUAGCUGCCGAAUAACCUGUAAUAAUUAGGCACGUAGUAGACUGUCACGUGACCAAUUACAUGUUAUGAUAUUUAUCGGCUUUUGGAAAUGAAUAUAUUUUGUUGAAAAUUUUGGGAAGUGGUUCAAAAUCUAUAAAGACACGUCUGCCUGGUU